AUGAACUUCGUCCGAGGGUUCAGAAGGUCUAAGGAACCCGCCGUCCUCCCUCCACGGGCCUCCAGCAGCGCCCCUCCACCACAGCCAACCCCUAACGCUGAGUACGUACAAGUGGUGGCUUCUCCACUGGCUGAAGCGUUUAAAACGCUACAGGAAAUGUUCCCCGAUAUGAAAGUUGAGACCAUAGAUGAGGUGUUAAUCAAUAAUAAUGCUGCAUUGGAACAAUGCAUCGACGAAUGUCUUGCAAGGCAAGCUCAAGACGAUGAGGGACCGCCGCCCUCACGACCGAAUGGUCAAACACGAAAUGGUGGAAGAUAUCCGCAAACUCCACAGGCGCCCCGUGCGGCGCCAUUCAUCCAUCCCUCUCGUGAAUCGUCACCAAGUCCUUCAUCGAGUAGCUCUUCGUGGUCAUCGCUGCUGCGUGAGAUGCUAGGAGAGAGUUCGACGCGAGCUAAGCCUGCCAGCCGAGAACAGUCGCCUCCCGGCGGCCCGGAGAUUUCCAAGGAGCCGAAUCCCAGCGGGAGUCGACUGAUUUCCUACGACAGUGUGGCGUCAGAUUUUGCUGCUGUUGAUGAUAAUAGUGACUUUGGUGGAAAACAGGUCGAGGAUAAGGAGGGAGGCGUCGGUCUGGAGGGUAACGAUGCGUGGGAUGACUGGUUUGGGUCCAAGGUUGAUGUGCCUGGCCACACUGGAGAAGUGAUCGUCCCACCGGCUGAUCCCUCUGAGGUGUACUCGAUGACUCGCCAUGAUUCCCUUGUGGAUGAGGGAGGAAGUCCGAAGAAGACGGAACGGCUUUGUAAAGUUUCGAAAGAUUGAUUUUACUCCAUACCGGUGAGACCGGCGAUUCGUCCCUUUGUCAUUUUCGUCGAACACUUUGAGGUUU